AAUUAGCCAGUAGCUGAAGUAUUUGGCAAUUUCAAUUUGAAGUUUGAAGAGAAGAAGGGAAUGGGAGUAAUGAAGGCUAGCUCAAAGAUAGUGUUCCUCUUCAGAGACUCGGAGGGCUUCGCCACAGCUAUCUCUGACUCUCUUCAUCCAAACCCCACUAAUAAUUCCUCUUCUCUUACCUCAUUAGAGGAAUCCUUUGAGCUGUCGUUGGAGCGCUAUGGAAUCAAAGACGUUAAAGCUUCAGGAACCAUUCUUCACUUUAUAGAUCCCCAGGGUUGCUAUCAGGUUUCCUUUUUUCUUAUGCAAAGUUAUGAACCUCCAGUGCUGGCAUGUGCUGUCAAUGAAGUUUUGAGUCAAAUAUCUGGGGAAGGAUCAUCUCCUCUGCCCACAAUCUUGGCCCCAUUGUUUGUGUCAUCAUCAAAGCUUAAGAGAGAUGGUAAGCCUCUUCAAAAAAGUGAGAACAAGGUUCCAGUUUACGGUGUUCAAAUCGGUCCAGAAAAUGACAUAACCAAGGCCAUUUCUACAAGAACUGAGAAGCUGUCAUGCUCGGCUCAGGUUCAUCAUGAACCUCUAGCCUGCUUGCUUCAGUUGGCUCGUGCCUUGCAUUUGCCAACUUUUAUUCUUAUAGGGGAAAAAGGCCGCCAUGUUUCCAAUGAAAUUAUAGAGGAUUUGGAGAUAAUUCAUGAAAUGGGAGAAAUUUUGGCAACCUCUCUCAACCUUCGCUUUUCAAAGGACAAAAUAAAGUGGAAUCCGAAAGGAUUAUCAAAGAAUAGUGAAGAGCCAUGGCGGGCGUUGUAUGGUUGAAAUUCAUGCACCAGAGGCCUUAGCAUUAUCAUGUAAUUUGUCUAGUUGAGAUGUACUUUAAAACUGUUCCCAAAAUGGUUUUUAUGCAACUAUUGCAGAAAAAUGUUUGACAUUUCUGUUUGCAGUCCCCGGUUUUGAACGUUCAAUGAAGAUUGGAGAUUGUUGAUAAUACAAUCAACUUAUAACUUGUAAUUUCUUCAUUUACAUUUAGGUGAUAGGAGAACUGUUACCAAAGAGAUAAGCAAUUGAGUUUGAGACUGCAUUUUCCUGUUA